UUUAAAGGUGGGAUCAGAGAUUACAUGACAAGGCUUCUUGUAAAAAUAUGGCAGCAUUGUCUGUAUCGGGGAGGGGGGAUACUGAGAUGAGACCCAAUUACAACAAAGAGAGGACUCUAUGUGCCUGUCCAUCAUUUUGUAUGUCAGUUCUGAUAUUGAUGCUUUUCUCUUGGUCUUCACAGAGCUGAUCAAACUGAGGAACACUCUGGUUCAUCAUCUUCGCAACAGUCUCAUCAAGCUGGAGGGCAAAUGGCAUGUUUACCUGAAGUCAUCUCUGACCAGCAGGCCUGCAAGUACUGCCCACAGAGAAGAAACUGUGCACUUUAUAACAGAGCUGUGGAGAAGGCUCCAGGUGCAUGUCCUUCUGAAGAUCCUCAGGCUUUCCUACAGCUUGAGAGUGAACAUCUGAACCAGCUUCACCUGCAGUACUUCAGUCACUGGUUGCUGCUCUGCAGCUUGGAGGCACUCACCAUGGAGAGCAAGGGAGGACGUCGCAACAUCUGGCUCCCGUCUGCUCAGGAGAGGGAGAAGAAUGGUGGCUGUGUUGGGAACAUGGUAUUGGCAGGCAGGGUGACUGCUCUCUCUGAUGGUGUUUAUGUGCAUCACUUUAAGCACAGGCAAGGAGAGCAUGUACUCAUCACACUGCUAGUCGGGGACAGGGUGGUGAUCAGUGACCAGGACUCCAGGUUCAUCGGUAUAGCUGCUGGAUACGUCACCGAGAUCACAAACACAGGAGUGACAUGUUCUUUGGAUAAAAAUCUCUCUAAGAAUUCUUCAGAUAUGGUAUUCCGGCUGGAUCAAGAUGAGGGCGCUGGAGGCUUGAGCACUCAUCUUGGAAACUGAGAACUUUUCAAACUGUUCAGCCGAGGACGUCGCUCUGCCCUCCUGUUCAGCCAAGGACGUUGCUCUGCUUCCCUGCUCUGCUGAGGACGUCGCUCUGCUUCCCUGCUCCGACGCUCACAUCGCUCUGCUUCCCUGCUCCGACGGGGACGUCACUCCAAUUUCCUGUUCAGCCGGAGAUGUCGCUCCGCUUUCAUGUUCCGCCGAGGACGUCACUAUGCCUUCAUGCACUGCCGAGGAUGUCGCUCUGCUUUCCUGCUCUGCUGUGAACGUCGCUCUGCUUUCCUGUUCUGCUGUGAACGUCGCUC